AUGUCAGUCACGUCUGUCCCUUUCCAAGACGCCUGCGAUAUCGUUCUGCGACAGGCGUUGAAUCUCCUGCCAGAUGCCACCGGUCGCACGCCCGACGAGGUGCUUGCCUUUGUAAAAACCGAUCUAGGACAGGCUGAAUGCAUCUCAGCGCUAAGAAUAUUCUUACAGUCUCUGGGAAGAGCAUGUACAAUUUCACAACAAUCGGACCGAGCCCAGGAAGCCACUCCUCGUGCACGAAAGAGACAAAAGACACAGCAAGGAUCAUCGUCAAAUGUCCUCGAGCGUUACCCACAAGGCGGUCAGCGAAUUAUCGCUCAGACCUCUGACACUGGAAUCACCGCUUCCACCAGACAAUACACGGCGGCCGUACAAGAUCAUGACGCCGCUCACGGUCUAAUGCACCGGGCGGUAUCAAAUCGAGGAUCCACGAUCUUAACCGCGACUCAGUCACCGCCAUCCGCCACGCUUGCACGGUCCGGCCGAGACAUCACAUAUAAAUCGGUCAUUGAAGAGUUGGACUUGAAAGCGGAACUGAGUUCCGUACCUGCUCACCUACGCGAGAUGCAGAGACUUGCUGGCAAUCCUAAUCUCCAGAAGGAGUGGUGGUCGACCGAGAUGUCCUCUACAAACAGCUUCAAACAUGGAACAGCAAUAUACAUCGCAUCAGAAAUAGAUUGUCGAAGAAGCCAUCACCAGAACCAAGACAUCUUACUGACGUAUAUCCUUGCAGAGGUUGUGGAAGAGGCAGUGGCUGAUGGAACAGUCGAAAACACCUCUGGUCCCCUUCCACACGGAAAGACUGUCAGAAGUGCAGUGAUCGACAGGGCAUUUGACAAGUUUUCCGAAGACAGUUCCUCAAACCCCGCAAUCUCAUUGACGCGGAAAAAGUUUGGCGCUCUCAUUCGAGAGGGGCGGCAGUUGAUGCGGCUGGCACCAGGGCUUUUAUUUUGCUUAGCCUCAUUAAGAAAGACAGUUUUACGAGAAUUGACUUUCAAGAAGAUCGACCAGCUCAACGAGGAGCUGAAGAAACACGAAGUCUUCCAACAGUAUCUUGGUCUGGCUGGUGUACAGAAGGAGCUCAAGGCCAGAUAUCAUACUUUACUCCACGAGAAGAAGUCUGAAGCACAAAGACACGAGUUGCCGGUAAUCUCUACAUAUCUUGAGGAAAGCCCUGAGGCAGUCAGCGCUCACGGCGCUCAGAAUCCAAGCCAUGACCUUGAUCUGAUCCAACAGACUGCCGAUCAUGUUCUUCUCUCUCACAUGUUCACGUUCCUGCAGCCUGUUCAUAUCGAGACUGUCAUUCCACUACUCAAAGACGCCGGAGGUCUUGUCAGACGCUGGAAUUCUGAUGGCGAAGUGCAACAGAUGUCGUGCAGUUGCUCGGGGACCAAGGGAGAUAGAGUUAUAAACAGAUGCUGCUACUUGUUGGCCGAAUAUUUCCCGUCGACCAGAACCUCCAUCUUCGGUAAUAGGACGAUGAGAUCUCCGGUGCGAUAUUGUAUGGCACUCGUGCCAAGUCUCGCCUAUCUCCUGGACAAUAUGAAUUUCGUACAUGCGGUCAGAACCUGUAAAGAAGUCGAACAAGAGCUACUCGCUCUCUGCUUUCUUUCUGCCAGUCGAUUUUCGCAGUCGGACAAGCCCACAUGGACAAGUUUGCUAGCGAAGUCAAUGAAAUGUUUGCCCGACCGCAGAAGCCUCAUAUAUGUACGCCUUUGGAACUGCGAACGCCAACUAUUCUUGAGGAACAGAGAUCCAAUCCUUGUGGUGAAGAUGCGAGGAAUCAUCGAGAAAGUGAAGGAAGAGUGCCAGACCAUCAAUGAAUCUGUGAUAUGUCGAGCGAGACUUGCCAUUAUUCUGAAGCAGCAGGCAGACUCUGCUGUGAUGAAUCUAGAACUUGAUCAGGCACUUCAAUAUGUCGAGCAUUCGAAGGCUCUUUUGCAGGGAACUCAUUUGGAGAGACUCACACGACUUGACAUUGACGUCUGUAAGGCAAAGCUACUGCGCUAUAAAGGAAAUUUGGUUGAAUCAUCGAAGAUAUUGAAGGAUGUUCUACAGUCACGAACAAAAAGUCACCGAAAUACAGCUUACUUUCGUGCGGUCGCAGAGGAUGCAUAUACCAGUAUCGAGUAUCUCGCAGAACGCGGUAGGGAGUUUCCUGUAGAUGAAGAAGCCCAAAACUCUCUCAUCGUCCGUCUUGGAUCAGCAAUACGCGAGCUGGAAUCCGGAGAUAGAUGCAACACAUCAGUUUGCCACCGACUACGACUCGCCCUAGCAGAGGCAAAUCUCCUACGCUGGAACCUACCCUUAGCCAGAGAGGCGUUCGAGGAAACAUACACUGCAUUGUGCCAGCUUUGUGAGCCAGUUUCAGGCAGUCGCAAAGACCAUCCGAGUCUGCUACAGCAGAGUCUUUUUCUGCAAGCAUCGCUGGGCUUGGCGAAAGUCCAUCAUUCGCAAAGCCAAUGGCCAGACGCUAUCGCUGCUUGGAGUCGGGCUCUGGAAAUCCUCAAAAAAUACCAGAUGAAGGGAGAAUACGUCGAGAAUCUCAUAAAGGCAUCUCUUGCGGUCGCAGAGCGUCGAUCAGCUCCACAUUGGACUCCCGUCGUGGAUCUAUGCUCGAGAAAUGUGACUGACGAGUCCGUGGAUAGAUUCGUGAACAGAGACUCACGACAAUAUUGGUUGCUCGGAAUAAGAUCUUGGUCCAAUGCUAUCAAGGAUGAAUGGGAGGCUUUCAAAUCCAUCAGUGCUUAA